AUGUUUAACCUGGAGCGCCCGUUCACGGAGAGGGGACACUUCUUCUCCUCCAUGGAGUACCAGCGGCAGCUGGAGGAGGAGGAGGGCUACCCCCCUCCCGGCACCAACGGGACCUUCAACGACAGCGGGGCCGGGCCGGGCUGGGGCACGCCGUACCCUCUGCACACCACCAUCACUCUCAUCAGCCUGGCCGGCUUGCUCAUGCUCUUCACCGUCUUUGGCAACGUUCUGGUCAUCAUUGCUGUCUUCACCAGCCGGGCGCUCAAAGCCCCGCAGAACCUCUUCCUGGUCUCCUUAGCCUCAGCUGACAUUCUGGUGGCCACUCUGGUCAUCCCCUUCUCGCUGGCAAAUGAGGUGAUGGGGUACUGGUACUUUGGUAAAGUCUGGUGUGAGAUCUACCUGGCCUUGGAUGUGCUGUUCUGCACCUCCUCCAUUGUGCACCUCUGUGCCAUCAGCCUGGACCGGUACUGGUCCAUCACACAAGCCAUCGAGUACAACCUCAAGCGUACCCCGCGACGCAUCAAAUGCAUCAUCUUCAUCGUCUGGGUCAUCUCAGCUGUUAUCUCCUUCCCGCCACUCAUCUCCAUCGAGAAGAAGAGCGGGCAGCAGGCUGACCAGGGGGUGGCAGGGUGCAAGAUCAAUGAUGAGAAGUGGUACAUCAUCUCUUCUAGCAUCGGCUCCUUCUUUGCCCCCUGCCUCAUCAUGAUCCUGGUCUACAUGCGCAUCUACCAGAUAGCCAAGAGGAGAACAAGGGUCCCGCCGAACAAGCGGGCAGAGCGCCCCGAGAAGAAGCAGAAUGGCUUGACUGAGAAGGAGGACCUGCCAGCCACAGCACAGCUCAAUGGGGAGAAGGCAGCAGGAGGCAGUGGUGGGCAAGAGGGAGAGGUUAAUGGCAUAGACAUGGAGGAGACCUCUUCCUCCGAGCACCAGGAGAACAACCAGUGUAAGAAGUCAGAGAGACCAUCGAGGGGAAAGACCAAGACUAAGCUGAGCCAAAUUAAGCCCGGGGACAGUUUGCCCAGGAAGACAGAGGAGGAGAGGAACACCAAAGGGUCCCGCUGGAGAGGCAGGCAGAACCGGGAGAAGCGCUUCACCUUUGUGCUUGCAGUGGUGAUCGGGGUCUUUGUCAUCUGCUGGUUCCCCUUCUUCUUCACCUACACGCUGAUGGCCGUCUGUGAGAGCUGCUCCGUGCCCGACACUCUCUUCAAGUUCUUCUUCUGGUUCGGUUACUGCAACAGCUCCUUGAACCCUGUCAUCUAUACCAUUUUCAACCACGACUUCAGACGGGCCUUCAAAAGGAUCCUCUGCAGGAUAGAGAGGAAAAGGAGUGUUUGA